UUUUUAUUCAUUAUUUAGGUUCAUGAAUUUUAGUUAUAAUAUAAUAUGCGGUUAAAAGUUUCUCUUUUUAAAGAAAUUCAUACUGAAAUAGUAACUUGUGUUGGAUGGCUUAAUGCCGAUGAAUUGUUCUCUGCAGGAGAUGAUCAUAAAGUUGUUAAAUCUCAAAUAUCAGGAGAGUCAUCUUUAGCUGUUCAAUUAGGUCAAGAAUGUUUUGCUACAGACAUACAUUGGUUUCCUAAAGGUGCUAGCAGCAAAAAAGCUGGGAAUGAAAUUUUUGCUCUUGCAUCCACUGAAGGAAAACUAUACUUUAUAUCAAAGAGUGGCAGAAUUGAAAAAACUGUUGACGCCCAUCGUGGUGCCCUUUUAUCUUGCCGAUGGAACUAUGAUGGAAAUGCUAUAAUUACAGGUGGUGAAGAUGGUCAGGUAAAAGUGUGGUCAAGUAGUGGAAUGUUGCGCUCAACCCUUCUAACAUUAGCUGUGUCAGUAUAUUCAGUUGUGUGGAGUCCUAACUCAGAUGCAAUACUUUGUACAAAUGGAAAACAGCUGAUGAUUAAACCACUACAACCUUCUGGUAAAGUUACUCAGUGGAAGGCACAUGAAGGAAUCAUUUUAAAAGUUGAUUGGAAUACAACAAACAAUACUCUUAUAUCUGGUGCUGAAGAUUGUAAAUAUAAAGUAUGGGAUAUGUUUGGACGCAAUUUGUUUACAAGUAUUGUUCAUGAGUAUCCUAUCACAUCAGUUUCAUGGGCUCCUGAUGGUGAUUUUUUUGCAGUAGGCUCAUACAACACUUUAAGAUUAUGCGACAAGGCUGGAUGGUCGCACACUUUAGAAAAGCCUACUUGUGGUUCUCUUUUUAAUAUUGCAUGGUCAAGUGAUGGAACUCAACUUGCUGGAGCUUGCGGAAAUGCUAAUUUAUUAGUUGCUCAGGUUGUGGAAAGAUCUGUUGAGUGGAAGAAUUUAGAGUGUGUUGUCAGUGACCAAAAACAUGUUAAAGUUCGAGAUGUCAUCACAGAUGCUAGAGAGAACUUAGAUUUCCGUGACCGUGUUGUAAAAUUGGCUUUAUCGUAUGAUCAUCUGGUAGUGACAACCCCAUCUCAAUGUUAUAUUUUUAGCACCAAAAAUUGGAAUACUCCAAUGAUAUUUGAUUUCAAAGGAAGUUCUGUGUCAUUGGUAAUGUUAGCAGAAAAACAUUUUUUAGUUGCUGAUGAAACAGGAGUUCAAAUUUAUUCUUAUGAGGGUCGAGUAAUAAGUACACCUCGGUACAGCAAUUUGCGUGGAGAUUUGUUAAACAAGAAUGUUGUCUCUCUUUGCAAUGAUACCUUGGCUAUUCGUGACAGAACUGAUGAAUGUGCAAUAUAUUUCUUUGAAGCAUUGACUGGAAAACCACUAGGUGAUGGAAAGCCUUUUCGACAUAAUGUAGAUAUUUUACAUAUAUCUUUAAAUCAAGAUGGUGCAUCCUCAGAACGCCAACUGGCAUUUAUUGAUAAAAACAAAGAUCUUUUUCUAAGACCAGUAAGACAGUUUGGUUCUGAAAAAGUAGUAAAGAUAGCUGGCAAUGUGAGUAGUUUGUGUUGGAAUAACUCAUGUAACAUACUAGCUACAGUUUCUGAUCACAAGCUAUUUGUAUGGUAUAACCCUGGUGUUGUGUAUGUGGACUCAGACUUGAUGAAAAUGACUAUUUUAGAAACCGAACAAGGAGAGUUUGGUCGUGAUAUCCAACUUUUAAACUUCGUUGGUACAUAUUGUACAAUGAGAAGAGGGGAUGGUGCAUUAUGCAGCACUAGUGUAUCACCAUAUCCUGCUUUUUUGCACAAGUUCGUCAACAAAAACAGCUGGAACGAAGCAAUUCGAUUGUGCAGAUUUGUUAAAGAUAAAACAUUAUGGGCUUGUUUAGCGGGAUUCGCAGCUUUACACAAGGAUUUGAACACUGCAGAAAUUGCUUACGCCGCAAUUGACGAGAUCGAAAAAGUUCAUUUUAUUCAAGCCAUAAAAGAAAUUCCGUCUGCAGAAGGUCGAAAUGCUGCCGUUUUACUGUUCUGUGGACAAGUAAAAGAUGCCGAGUUAAUUUUACUUCAGAGCGGACUCAUAUAUCGAGCUAUACAAAUGCAUAUUGAUCAAUUUAAUUGGGAAAGAGCACUUGAAUUAGCUGUCAAACACAAAACUCAUGUCGAUACUGUUUUAGCUUACCGCCAAAAAUAUUUGCAACGAUGCAACAAAAAAGAAAACAACAAAAAGUUCAUACAGUUUGCUCAAGGGGUGACGGUGGAUUGGGAAAAAAUCAAACUUAAAAUUGAAAUGGAAAUAGAAAAAGAAUCUGAAAGACCCGGAGCAAAAGUUAGCGGACAAUGAUAUUGCUACUUACCUAGGCGUUUUUAAAUUUACUUCAGCUUUCUUGAUAACCUUUAAAAGUUUUUAUCGUUAUCGAUACGUUUUGACAACAUUCGUAUAACAAUUUUUUUUUUAGUUACUUUUUUUUUAAUAUGAAAUAUUUGUAUUUCUUAAAUUACAACUUUCAAAAUUUUCUUAUUUCAUUUUUUGUACAUUUUUUGUAAAUAAAAAUAAUUUUAUUGUUAACUAAAUAAUUUAUUUACAUAUUUACUUUUGUUCGUAAUAAAGUUGCACUUAAAUUAAA